AUGUGCACCAAACAUGCCAAAAGUAUACUUAAUCUCAAAAAUAACUGCGUGAAAUAUGAUCGUAAAUUCCUAACAAAUAAAAAAUUUCAAUUCCUACAACUCGUGUUGAAAAAAAUAUCAAUGUUUUACAAAAUAAUAUUUAUUUUAUUAAGUAUAAUAUUUCUAAAAUUAGAUGCGAUUAAAUACCCGAAAGAUUUCGGUCCAGAUCUGUUGUCAGGAGAGUGCAAUAUACAAUUUGAUUUUAUCGUUGUCGGCGCUGGUAGUGCUGGUUCGAUAAUUGCUUCUCGCUUAAGUGAAAUAUCAGAAUGGAAUGUUUUACUAUUAGAAGCAGGUGGUGAUCCUCCAGAAUCAUCGGAAAUUCCACUUAAAUGGAGUUUGGCACUGAAUACAGAAUACGAUUGGAAAUUUUUAACCGAACAAGAAGAUAAUUUGUUCAAAGGCCUAGAUGGAGAAAGGUGUCAUGUACCCAGAGGUUGUAUGUUAGGUGGCAGUUCGUCCAUGAACGUGAUGCUACAAAUCCGUGGCACAAAGUUCGAUUUUGAUGAAUGGGAAAAAAUGGGUUGCACUGGUUGGGGUUUCGAUUCCAUACUGCCAUAUUUUAUAAAAUCUGAAAACUUUAACGACGAGUCUAGGUUUGACCCAAAGAUUCACGGAAAUUCCGGACCUCUCACUGUCAGUCCAUUUCAAGCCCCAGAUCCUGCUAUACAAACAAUAUCUCAAGCAGCAGAAUUAAUGGGCUUGACAAAUGUGAAAGAUUUGAAUAAAAUAGAACGUUCAGUUGGAUACGCUAUGUCGGAUAGCACAACUCGGAAUGGUCUGCGGUGCAGUACGUUAAAAGCUUUCUUAAUUCCCAAUAGUGAACGACCAAAUUUGUUCGUAGCCAAAUACACCCGAGUCACAAAAAUUCUUAUCGAGAACAAAGUCGCGGUCGGCGUAGAGUUUGUAACAAAAACAGGCGAGUUUAAGACCGUAAACUGUACACUAGAAGUUAUAGUAUCUGCCGGAGUGAUAAUGAGUCCUCAAUUACUUAUGAUCUCCGGGAUUGGACCAGCAGAUCACUUGAAAGAGAUGAGUGUCGAUGUGGUGGCUGAUCUCCCGGUCGGCCUUAACUAUCAAGACCACGUCGCUUUUUUCGGUCUUGUUCUUAGUGACCGUAAGGAUAGACCAAUCGCAGACAUCGUGGCGGAAAGUCAAAAACUUAGAAAGGAUACGUUUGAUUUAAUUCCCAAAGGUAUUAGUACAAUGGGGCUGACGGGACUUCUCAGUUUUGUCGAUACAAAACGCGCGUCUGGAAACCCUGACAUUGAAAUUAUGAAAAUUAGAUACUCGUAUAAUACGACCCGACAGAUGAACACGUUCAAGAACAUGUUUGGAUUUUCCGACGAGAUGGCAAAUAUUUACAACGAUUUGAACAUGAAAAGUGACAUAAUACUUAUGAUACCGAUUAGUAAUAUAAUAACCAAGACAGGACGUGUUUUACUAAGAUCAAAAGAUCCUAUGGCAACCCCGAAAAUAAUCGCAAACUACUUAUCCGACCAAGAAGAAAUCGAUACGAUGGUGAGGGGUAUUGAGUUUGUGGUUGAAAUGUGCAAGACGAAACCAAUGACUGAUGCCGGAUAUGCAUUUGAGAAAAUAGUGUACCCGAAUUGCGAGGCAAAUUGCGAAUGGGGCACCAAAGACUACUGGAAAUGUGCUAUUAAAAAUCUAGCCACCUCAAUUUUUCAUUCGGUUGGUACCAACAAGAUGGGUGCGAUCAGCGACAAGACCUCGGUGGUCGAUCCUUCUUUUAAAGUGAUUGGCGUUGAUAGACUUAGAGUGAUUGACUGUUCAGCGAUGCCGUCGUUAGUAUCUUGCAACACUAACGCCGCCACAAUGAUGAUGGCUGAAAAAGGAGCUGAUAUGAUUAAAACCCAGUAUGGGAAAUGAGGUUAUAACUUUUUAUAUUUUAUUAACCAUAUAUUAGUUUUUAAGAUAUAUUUUUUUUACGUUUAAUAAAUUACUAUUAAAUUAAAAUGUUCACAAUAUUAUC